AUGGGCAUCGUCCGAAAACUGUGUUCUACUUGGAACAACCUCAAAGUUGUCAAAUUGAGCAACAGGAACUGUUACAGUUAUAAUAAAUCCGUUGACCCCUUAAACCCAUCGUGCUCCAAUUCCCUCCUCACUCACGGAAUCCACGUGUUUCAAUGCCCAGAUACGGUUGGAAUUGUAGCCAAGCUAUCUGAUUGCAUUGCCUCAAGGGGUGGCAACAUUCUCUCUGCUGAUGUUUUUGUACCUCAAGAUAAACAAGUCUUCUACUCCAGAAAUGUUUUUGUUUUUGAUCCUGUUAUGUGGCCACGAAUGCAAAUGGAAGAGGAUUUUCUAAGGAUUUCUAAAACAUUCAAUGCCAUGAGAUCUGUUAUAAGGGUGCCAGAACUGGAUCCAAAAUAUAAGAUUGCUAUUAUCGCAUCGAAGCAGGACCACUGUCUGAUUGAUUUGUUGCAUGGAUGGAAGGAUGGAAGACUCUCUGUGGAUAUUACUUGUGUAAUUAGUAACCAUUAUAGAGGUCCAGAAAAUGAGGUGAUUCGUUUUCUUGAAAUGCACGGUGUUCCUUAUCAUUAUUUAAGAAUAACAGCAGAGAAUAAAAGGGAAGAGGAGAUCUUGGAGCUGGUUCAGAAUACUGAUUUUUUAGUACUUGCGAGGUAUUUGCGGAUUCUAUCCAGCACCUUUUUAAGGAGUUAUGGGAAGGAUAUAAUUAACAUCCACCAUGGCCUGUUACCAUCAUUCAAGGGUAUGAACUCAUCUAAACAGGAGGUUGAUGCAGGUGUGAAAUUAAUUGGUGCAACAAGUCACCUUGUGACUGAAGGAUUUGAUGCUGGACCUAUUAUUGAACAAAUGGUGGAAAGAGUUUCCCAUAGAGAUGACUUGCAGAGCUUUGUGCAGAAAUCAGAGAACCUUGAGAAACAAUGUCUGUCAAGUGCUAUCAGAUCUUAUUGUGAGCUUCGAGUGUUGCCAUAUGAAGAAAACAAAACUGUAGUAUUUUGA